UCUAUCUAAACUCCUACCUACCUUUUUUAUCAAACACUUUUAUAAAAUCAAUUAAUACAAUAAGUAAGCCAAAUCAUUUAAUACAACAAGUCAAAAUCAGCUAAAUCAACUUUAGCAUUCAGGUUUCAGCUAUCUCCCAUCUCCCAAAUAGGGCAAAUUUUAUUUAAUGAUACCAAAAUCCAUGAUGGCGUUGCAGUGUCUCAUCCUUAAGUUCCAUUAAAAAGCUCAUUUAUCGGGUGUUUUAAGCUCAAUCUAUUAAGUUAAGAAGCGUCAUUGACGUACAUGGCCGCCAAACAAAUAUUACUCCGUAUUAAUUAAUAUGUGGUCCCAUACAAAACCCUACAAAACCAUUCUAUAAAUUGUGCUUAUUUGUUUACUCUACACACAACACUCCCUCUUCAAUAUUUUUUGAAAAAAAUACAAUUUUAACCAAAAUAUGGCCGCCGAAAUUCCAUACCCACCUGGUUUUUAUGCUGAAACACCAACAGACACCUUCCAUUUUUUCACUCACACCAAAAAUUCUGUCCCUGAGAUGAACUUUAAAGACUAUGUUUACUUCAUUAGUGACAAUGGUUUCCUUACCAAACAGGUUGUGGACUACGAAAUCCUCCGGGUUAUUGUAGCAAAACCUUUGGAAAGACAAGGACUUCUGAAAAAAAUGAUGAUGAUGAGCUCUGAUGGGGCCAUUUCUCCAUCCCAUUUGCCAAAUAUUUCUGAUGUCGUUGCACUCGCCGAGGUGCAACAGGUAAUUCGUGAAUUGGAAGACGAAGAACCGGAGAAUGAAGGAAUUACCCCGAUUAUCCCGAAGAAGCUGGUUUCUUUGAUUGACCCAAAUCCUGUUCUUCGUCACAGUUGUCCAAUUUACACCAUUGGAAAGAAGUUCCACUGUGAGUUUGGCUCUUACAGUGAUGACAUUGUGUAUGCACAUGUCUGAUUUUUUUUAACAUUUGGUAUGCACAAAGUAUGAUAUAUUUAAUUUACACGCCCGUUUAUACGUUCAUUGAAUCCAUUUUUUUUAAUCAGGUCCGAUCGCCAAUUACAAACCUCUCUUUCACUUUGUUCCGAGACAAAUUCAUUGACGAGGAUCAGUUCAGCCGGUACUGUGGCAUCGGGAUCCUGAGUGAGGUCUAGGACGGAAAACCAAAUCUGCCACUUGGUGCAAGUGUGGUCAUGUGGAAUGGGCGGAGAAUCAGCAGGCCAUCUUUCAUUCCCCAUUUUCGUGAGAUCGUCGCUGUCCAUAACCCUAUUCUCAUGAUUGUUACUGAGGUUAGGUUGGAGGCCACCAACCUCACAAGGACUCUGCAAUCCUUGGCUACAACCUUGACCUGGAAAUUCGACGAGGGUAAAGGCAUCAUGGGAGGGAGUGUUAUCUUGUGGGAUCCAGCAAGGGUCGAUGCUACAGUGCAUGUGGCUGAUUGCGCCGCAUCUCGUCUCCGAGUUGUGGGUUCCGUCCACGGAGAAGCUCAGGGGUGAUAAUCAGACCAAGUGGGUUUACGGGAAUGGCGGGCAAGGGCAAGGAUCAAGCUACCAAGAUGUGGUCGUUUUAAUUAUAAUUACUAUGUUGUUAAUCUGUGUUAUCAGACGUUUUUUAAUUAUGUUUUAGUUUUUGUUCAAACUUUAUCUACUUAUGUUUGUCGUGUCUGUGGAAGAAGUACUACUAGCAGGGUACAUUGUACCCUAUCAGACGGAUGAUGUGUCAUAUAUUUGACACCUUUGACUAUGUACUUGGAAUGAUUAAAUAAUAUGUGGCGUGUUUAUUUAGUA